AUGGGGAAGGGCAAGAGGAGUUCCGCCGCCAUUGUCAUUUCAUCAUCCGACAAUGACGAAGAAGAAGACCUUUUAUUGAAAUCGAAUCUCCGCAACUCGAAGCUGAAAUCGAAUUCGAAGUCGAAGUCGGCGUCUGUUCCGAGAACGAACCCUAAUAAGAGAGCGAAGAAAGCCCCGCUUUCGAGUUCGCUCCCGCGUCACUCCAAAAAUCACAGUGGGUUCGACGAGAUAAAAAAGUUUUGUGAAGAAUUUGACAUGGGGUUCAAUGACUUCAAGGUAUCUACUGGUCAUGGUAGCAGCACUGACUUGUGGGUUGAUAAAUACAAGCCUUGUUCUCUGGAAGAGGUUGCUGUUCACAAGAAGAAGGUUGAAGAGGUCAAAGCAUGGUUUGAGGAGAGACUGAUAACUAGAAUGGAUAGUUCUUUUAAUAAUGUUCUUCUAAUUGCUGGACCUGCUGGAGUUGGAAAAUCUGCAACUGUUCAUGCUAUUGCAUCACAUCUUGGAGCCACUAUUUGUGAAUGGAAUACUCCCACUCCGACGAUUUGGAAAGAACAUUUGCAUCAUUCCAACUCAGGCCUACGGUACAUGUCCAAGUUGGAAGAGUUUGAAAGUUUUGCUGAAAGGACAAGAAAAUAUGGAUUAAUUUCCUCAUCUGUAACUGGACGACCACUAGCACCAGUUAUACUCUUAAUUGAUGAUCUUCCAGUUGUAAAUGGAAAAGUUGCUUAUGAAAGGCUUAAUAGGUGCUUAACUCUUCUUGUGCAAUCAGUUCGUAUUCCGACAGCCAUAUUGUUCACGGAUUAUGGCAAGGUUGACUCUGCAGACUUCAACAUGCGCUACCCAGAGGAACUCCUUCAGUCUCUUGAAUAUGCUGGAGCUUGUAAGGUCACCUUCAAUCCAAUAACAGUCAUUUCUAUGAAAAAAGUUCUUGCAAAAAUAUGCCGAAUGGAACAGGUUGAAGUUAGUGCUGAUUCAAUUGAAGCAAUAGCAAAAGCAAGCGGAGGUGAUAUGAGGAAUGCAAUUACAUCUUUACAGUAUUUCUGCUUGAACCCGCAUCCAAUGCCUUCUCUACCUUCCUCCAGUUGUUACUCUGUUCCUUCAAAAGGAAGUUCAGAUGAUGUCAGUACUUCAGAUGAUCGGAUUUCUUUGACAUUUGGCAGAGAUGAAACCCUUUCUUUAUUUCAUGCAUUGGGGAAAUUUCUACACAACAAAAGAGAGAGUGAAGAUACUGGUGCAUCAGAUAGAGGUAUAUUUGUUUUAAAGGAGAAAUUCAUGCGCUUGCCGCUAAAGAUGGAGGCUCCAGAAGUUGUUCUUUUGCAAGCACAUGGCCAAGCAAGGCCUAUUACUGAUUUUCUGCAUGAGAAUGUGUUAGACUUUUUAAGUGAAGAAGCUAUAGAUGAUGCCUGGGUUGUAUCAUCUUAUUUAAGCGAUGCUGAUAUCCUUCUUGCAUCAACCAAUGAAGCCAGAAGUUUUGAGACUCAGAAUCUUUUACAGUUAGCUGCUGCUUCAGUUGCUACUCGGGGAGUGUUAUUUGGUAAUUCUCAUCCAUCACCAUCCAGGUGGCAUGCCAUUCGACGGCCAAAACUGUGGCAAAUUGAGCAAUCCUUGUGGCACAAUAAGGGUCAAAUGUUGAGCCAGAGAGGUUAUUAUUGUUACAGUCAAGACAAUGAAUACAUGUCUACACAGUUGGUAAUUGCAACAGAGCUUAAACCUGUUCUUAAAUGGCUUGGGCAUAGAGCAUAUGGAUAUUUUGAAGCUGAACAAUCUUUUGAGGACAUGAUUGGAAAUGACUCCAAUAGUUUGUCUUUGGAUGAUAGAAGCGAGGAUAUAUCUGAUGAUGAAAUAGAAGAUUGGUAAUGCCUGACAAAUUUCCUGGGGUCGGAGUUGUCAUCUGUAAAUUGUGUACAUAGCUGAAAUAUUCUGUUAGUUUUUGUUCAUUUUAUUUUCCUGAUAGAAUAGCGCCAUCGGUUUUUGUAAGUUUGAGAAAACCAUUUUCCGGUGGCCUCAAGAAGUUCGCCUAGCUAUAGUUUGCAUGGUUGGUCGCAUUAAAGCUUCCGAGAACAUCAAGUGCCUCACUUAGAACUUGGCCAUCUUGACACCAGCAAUUGGAGUAAAUGGAUUAAUAUUUGGUUCAAUCUUCAAAAUGUUUCAGAAGAUACUAAUCCACCCAUUGAUCAAUAAGAAAUUAAAGCUUUAGAA